AGCAUGAUAUAGAGUGCCCAGAAUUCAACUUUGACGAAGCAGUAUUAAACGUCAACUUAGCACUGACUUGUGUGUUAAUAGAAGCAAAGUUGACAGCAUUAAUACGGAACUGAGGCAAAAUUAACACAAAAAUGGAUCAGCUAAUCGAACAACUACAGCUGGCAAUCGCAGCUCAGGAGCAAGUUCAGAAUCCUCAACAACAUCCGCAACCACAUCCGCAUGAGGCAACCGCGUUGCAACUGUACGCGGCAGCAGCGGCCGUCAACAUGCGAGUGCCCGGCUGGUCGGCCUUACUCGGCCUAUCAUCCCUGGAUGCCCCAAAUGCCGCGGAAGAUGGAAUGGAAGAUGGCCCCAGCUCCGCAGCCACUUCGUCCUCCGUCUAUAUGCUCCGCCAGAUGGCGCUGAUGCAGCAGGCAAACGCAGCCGCCGCAGCAGUAGCAAUCCAGCAGCAAAGGGAUCUCCAUCGGGAACUGGACGAGGAUCCGGCUGGGCAGCCCAGUGAAGGGGAAUCACUGCCGUCCAUUGAACGUCCUGAGGGGCUAGCAAUUAAGCAGGAAAGCUCCGCCCAGCAUCCGCAGAACAUCCGCGCGGACUUUAAAGAAGAGUCGCCCUUUUCUGCUAAACCAGAACCGCAAUGCGAUAAGGAGGCCAAGUCCAAUCUGGAGCAGGAUGAGGAUGCGGAGUCCUCGAAGCGGAAGCGCUGCAGGACCAACUUCAACUGCUGGCAACUGGAGGAGCUGGAGAAAGCCUUUCAGGGAAAUCACUAUCCUGACAUUUAUAUGCGCGAGUCCUUGGCCACGAAACUCGAGCUGAAGGAGGGUCGCAUAGCGGUCUGGUUCCAGAAUCGUCGUGCCAAGUGGCGCAAACAGGAUCAUACCAAGAAAGGUCCUGGCAGACCGGCGCACAAUGCCCAGCCCCAGAGCUGCAGUGGUGCCCCCAUUCCGCCGAGUGAGUUGCGAGCCAGGGAACGAGCUCAGCGCAGCAAGCGGAUGAAGAAGGCCAUCGAUCGGCAGGCGAGGAAGCUGCGGCUCAAGGGAAUCGAGGUGAACUAUGCCCGCCUGAAGGCCGAUUACCUAGCUACCCACCAGGAGCACUGGGCGGAGGAGGAGCAGGAUGAGGAGGAUGUGGUGGAUGACGAUCCGCCCAUCGAUGUGAUGGCGGUGGGCGGUGGGCAGGAGGACAAUACUGGCGACAGUCAGGACAACUCCUACUGCUCCUCCAGGACAUACCCGAAGAGCACCAGCAGCGAACUGGAUCCGGACGACAUGGGCGUUCAGAUAAAACUGGAGGCACCGUCACCACCACAAUCAUCCAUGCAGAAUAAGACCCUCUACAGCUCGCCCUUCAGCAUCGAAUCCAUAUUGGGAUCUUAGUGAAUAUCGGGUGUUGCACUAUGAUUCCAUAAGUCUACUAUGAUUUCGGUGGUUAGCUAGGAACUAUAGCGAAAAUAAACUGUAAACCCAAAGCAAA